AUGCCAGCGUCUCAUAAGGGCAACAAGAUCCAUAAUUACAAAACCGAUUUGCCAUACAACCGACCUCAGGAAAAACCAAAACAGCGCACCCCACACGUCGAUGACCAGUUCAAACCAAACAAACCCGGACAUCAGUACACUAACAACUACAUGCAAAGUUCUGUCUGUGACCAAUACCUCCGCCAAAUGCUAAACAACAUCACGCCGGAGGUUAUCGACUACGACAUCGCAGUUGCAUACUUCCUAGAAGAAACGGAUCACCUUUUGAUUGGCUGCAUUCCCCACUCUGUCGACAAGAUAUUGACCGAUUUUGAUGUCCUCCCACCAGUGACGGGUCGACAAAACGAUCUCAGAGCUUGUGCCUUACACAUUCAAUCUACAAUCGCUCUCUCCUGUUUAAACCCGGGUCCGAUCCAACCUUUUGCUCUUAGGUACCCCACACUCAAAGCGUUGAAGAAGCUGACUUCUGAACGGUCCAAGUCCCUGCGCUCGAUUUCUACAGAUAAAGCUGUCGUCCUUGUCGAUCUAGCUGGUCGCAUGCUUGCGAUGUGUUUACCACCCAAACCUGCCAAUCCUUCGACUGCCAACUUAGAUGUAGCCGACAAAAGCAACCGUGAUGAUAUGUCCAGUGAGGACCGAGGUUUGAUGGCUUUUGAAGGUGCUGCUCAAGUACAUGCCCUUCCUAAAGUCCACAAUCCUUUAGUCGACAUUCUCAAUAGCCAAGCCGAGGACAAGCUCAACAAUCUCUCUGGUGAUUUCAUUCAACCCCGUCUCUCCCGAGCAAAGAACAAGCCCGCGCCGCAUCUCGGUGCUGUGUAUGGCUCUCUGCCUUAUGAGGCGUUUGGUUACUCAUUGGGAUCCGCAUUUGCUAGGGCCGACACUAAGAUGCAACUGGGCUUGGAACGCCAAGGUUACACUUUGGACGACGUUGGAGAGGGACCUAAGUCCGAUCAGCACCUGCCCCAGGUCAUGGGCUUGGGCGAAGGUUGUGUAUUCCAAAGAAUCGAGAACGCUCGCAUCCAGGCAGAGCUACUCUGGCCAUACGAAGUUUUGAGAGCUCUUAACGCAGCUGUCAAUCCCGACACUUACACGGCAUCACAGCGAGUGAUAAGGUUUAUUGAAAGGAACUCCAGUGCAAUGCUUUCUGAGCGCAUCAAGGGUUUGCACAACAACAUCAUUCAAGGACAACAGAUCAACUAUAACCUUCAAGUUGGAUGCCAUCGAGAUGGUAAGAAUUCAAACCUUCUGGAUUCGGUGUUCUUCUACGGGCGCAACUAUAAGGGCGGGCGACUUUGUUUCGGUUCACUUGGUGUCAGUCUUUGCGCCGAUCCAGGCUAUUCUAUUCAUGCCCGGUUCAAACUGUUGGAUCAUGGAGUUAGCCCUAUCUUACAAGGCCCAGACAUCAAUUCGCCGCCACUGCGAAUUUCGCUAGCACUGUAUGCUCAUGCCGAUACUUACUCUGGCCCUGCCAGAGUGUCAGCCGCUCGCAGGAAUCGAGCCGAGUUCAGUGACGCUUCGAUGUGGCUUCCUUUCCCGCCAAAUAACUUCUCAAUUACGACUUGCCGCAAGAUCUUGCGAAAGGAAGAGGAGACUUGGAAGAAGAAGGGCCGCGCCGGUCGUCUGGGCAACCGGCGUGUCAACUGA